AUGGAAGCUGAGAUCGGACUGUUGCUGAUGAUACUCGGAGUCUCUCAUGGUGUGGAAACCUACUGUGAUGGCCGGCAGGAUGGAGCUCAGUGUUAUGGAGCUUUGGGAGGAACUGUGGUCCUCCAGCUGAUGGACAGCGCCUCAGAAAUAUUUAGAUACCAAUGUAAUGGAACAUUUAGGAUCAACCACCUGAGCUGGACUGAUGGAGGUGAACAUAAACUUUUAAUCUUUGAAUCAGGUGGCCUGGUAUCAGAGCAGCGGACUCUACAGUUGACCAUUCAAGGGAGAGAUGAGGGUGUCCUGCUCCUCUGGGGAGGGGACAGUCCUCAGUACAGCUGGACUCUGGAUGGACGCACACUGACAGACGCUGAGCUCCUCUCUGGAAAUACUGAGACUAACAGCAUCACUCUGAAACAAAAGGUCUCAGGACGACUGGUCUGCUCAGUCAGGAAUCAAGUCAGUAAUGUCUCAGAAGAAAAGACAAUAUCUACAUGUGGCUUCAUAUUCAUUAACUGCACCUUAACCAACGGGACGCACAUAUCACAGCGGGUGUUUGCAGCCAAUAAUACCCUGUGUCAGCCAACAACUACUCCUGCCACGACUGCAGACCCUUCCACUGUGGAUCACUCCCUGCUCAUAUGUGGUGUGCGAGCAGCUGUGGUUGUUCUUGCAUUAAUUGGGAUCAUCGUCUAUUUUGCUUGGAAGGAAAGGAAAUACAAGAUGGUCCGUCGAAAGAUGGAUUAUCAAGAGAACUCUGUUGUGAUGGUUGAAAUGAGAAGUUGAAAUCCAACACCUUACGCUUCUGUCGUGUCGCGCUCCACUCUAUUCCUAUGGGUGACGUCAAGCGACUUCAACGUGCACGCAAAGCAUUCCGGGAAGGCGGUGUUACAUUUGAGAAAAUGUAGAUUUAAUGUAGAUUAGAUGUAAAUUGAGGAACCCCCAUCAACGUACAAAUGAGGGGAGGCGUUGCGACACCACGCGACAGUCGUGUUGCAAAAGUGGAUCUGUACCGUUAGCAACUUUUUUUUCACAAAAGCGACUAGUGUUGAAGUUAAAAUAGUUAUGUUUUGAAAAGAAUGUACUUUCUAGAUUUAAUCAAAUAACUACACCAAUUAGCAUUUGUCUGCCUCACCCCAAACUCAAGCUUCUAAAGAAUCAUCAUGUCUUGUCUGACAUUUAGCAUAUUGGAGAAGACUCAUUGUCCUCACAGAAAAGGUAACUGUUACUGCUUUUUGGGGAGCCACUCCCUGCUGGGCCAGACUUGAUUAGAACAAAGGAAAUGCAUAUCUCUGUAAACUUGAAUAUAAUCGUCACUAUCAUGAUAAACAACCUUUGUCUGGGAACUGGAGUAAACCUGAAAUAAGAGGUGUGUCUUUAACCUGGGACAGUUUCCAUUCAAGGAAACACCCACAAUUCGACAAGAAUAUAAUUCUGAUUCUGAGAAUGAUUCAGGACUGCGGACUGUGACCCCACAAGGGAAGCAUGUCUUGCAGUCCACUGCUGGCAGUGUUUUCAUGUUUUAUGUUUGAUUGUUUUUGUCA